GGGGCAAGAUGAUAAAAAGAAUUAAAAAAUAAUUUAAAAAAGGUAAAAGAACAAGAAAAAAAUGGCCCAGAAGUAAAGAUGGAAAAGGUGCUCAUAGAUUUGUCUUUCCAUACAAAUCAGAUAUUUAGAGAGAAAACCAUAAAAAGGAAGAGGUUUAAGAGAGGAAAAGGGGAGGAUGCAGUGAGUAUCGAUACAGGGUUACUCAGGGGACGGCUUCCCAGUGCCGAGUAUCAGCAAACCGUGACACAAUACUAUUACCGCAGUUGUCCAUUCUUACACCAUGAUUCAAACCCAUCACUGGAAACUUCGCUCAGAAACCCACAAAGAUUCCUAAACUCUAUCCCAUCCGUUCAACUUAUAAACAACACCCUCUCUGUUGUCAUUUUGCAUAGAAGCUCAGAUAUGUUUGAGUUUUGGAGGCUCUGGCUGGUUUCAGAGAGUGUCUUUUUGCGCACGAUGGCCUCUUCGGUUUCUUGUUCCCUUCAGUUCGUUUCACAACCAGCUGUACGGGGUUAUUUAUUUGCAAUGCAAGUUAACUCGCAUGCUAACAAGCAACCAUUUUGUGCAGCCAAGCAACCAACCAGCACUGUAUUCCCCCUUUGAUUGCCUUCCCAAUUCAAGCUCUGUAUUUCCCCUUGAUCGCUUUCCCAAUACAAGCUCAGCAGCAGUACCUUUUAAUGCAGCACCAGUAACCUAUUCUUAAUUUUUUGGCAAAAUGAAAAAUUCUUGAAAUAUGAUGAAUCCUUCCCAGUGCAGUGCCUGACUUCUGAAUUUGAACGGUGGAAUUUGGUGCAAACAAACUUGAACCUGGCCUUUCAUGUGGCUGCCAACCUUUCUGGAAAUGGCUCAGGGUCAGGUGUGUUUGCACCUUCAUCAAGGUUUCCCCAAACCAAAUUUGGAAGAGUAAUAUGCACAAAGGUCAGGAAUCAUGAAUCGCUGGCAGAGCAGUUACUACCCAUUUUGUGGUUGUCCUGCUGCUGUCCAUGAAUUGAGGUUUAGUCAGAGGUUGGUAUACCCUGGGAAAGGAAAAGGGAAAGGGGCAUCUCAAAGGGGAUAGAACUCUGGUCUUCUGGGUGGAUGUGGAUCACUUAAUGGGUGACCACUCGGGCUAGUGUCUAGAGAGCACGACAUUUUAUAGGAGAAUAAUUUUACCUUUUAUGAGCAGUCUUCCUUGUGUGUCUAGAGCGUAUUCCAAGCAUAUUCGAAUAUUCGCUUAGUCGGUGAUAUUACCAAAUAUUCUAUUUUCAAAUAAUUUAACAACAUAAUUGUAUGUAUAUUUUCUGUCAUGGUUAUCAAGUAUGCGAAGUUGAAGCAUUUGUGGCUUUGAGCAAGGAUUGACAUUUUCCCUGACUUGCAUUGUGUUGGUGUCUUCACUAUAUAAUUUCUGCACCAUGUCAUCAAAGUGAUUGUUGGCCAAUAUUUACUUACAGGUAAUGCUUCAAAGCAACUUUUGUUUCUCAAACCUUGUGAUGCGCCAGCACUAGCACCACCAUAGAAGAAAUAAAGGCUGUGUAAGACAAUAAUGUCUUUAUACAUUC